GACGCUUUUUACCAAAGAUGAACCUCGCUAAGGCACUCUUCGGAAUUGCUCUGUGUUUUCCAGCUGUUUAUGGGCAAGUGUAUAGUCCUGGCUUUUGUCAAAACAUUCCCAACCUAAUGUACUUCCAACUCGAACCCUAUCUUGGAACUUGGUACGAAUAUGCGAGGUUCCAUCUGAAUGAAUUAGACGGAGUCACGUGUGCAAAGUCAACAUACAGCCUGAACACAGACAAUACGAUUCGGGUUAUUACUACGGGAAUCAAAAGAAGAGCGGGUGAACCGGUAAGAUUGAAAGGUGUUGGAGAAGUCUUUGAUCCAAUCAACGAACCGGAAAGAGGACAGCUCUCCUACUAUUCCACCGCACCUGUGUUACCCAAGGGGAACUACUGGGUCCUAGAUACGGAUUAUAGUAGCUUUGCCGUGGUUUAUUCCUGUAACCAACUAGAGAAAUACAAAGUCGAAACCGCGUACAUUCUCCUACGAGAGCCAGUGUCACCAAGUAGGACCCUACUGCAGUACAUAUACUCACUCCUCCAGUCGUUUGGAAUAAAUACAAGGAACUUCAUUCGAACCAACUUCAGGAGUUGUGGGAGGCCUCGGCGUUAUCGUUACUUAACAUAAGAUGCAUGUAUACUACCAUGUAAAACAACGGUAACCAAGGGGAUCUUUCUUCAAAUAUCCAUCAUUGUAUCUACAUGUAUAAGCAAACCGACUGAAAAUUGAAAAGAUACUACUAACAUGAUUUACAACUUUCAGAAUAAAUGAUA